GAAGGUGCGUGCCUGUAUAUGAAAUUCUUGCAGCAUGUGGAACCUAAGGACAAUCAAUACACAUAUUUGCAAGCAUACAUUGACCUAGCAGGUCCAGUUUAGUUGCUGGGUUUGUCUCGAUUCAGUUUCGCACAGGAUAUAGAAAGAAGAGGUGUGCAACACACGACGUGUCACAAAUUUUAUUGCUGCCGUCGGUACCACUUCCUGAUAAAUGCUUUGUUACUUGUGAAAUGCGAACCGUGAACAGUGAACGGUGACACAUAUUAAAGUGAUUUAAAUCCAUUAUACAUAUAAAAACAAAAUCAAUUAAAUAAAUAUUGAGCCUUCGGCAACACUGUACUUACAUAUAUACCAUCCGAAGUAGCUCAAAAGCGCAUAAUAACAUCAGGCGUAUAGUUGCUAAACUUUGUCUACUACCAAUAUAUUGAUAACAAAAAUGUCUCCAAAUUGGCUCCUGUUUCUUAAGAUCCUUAUUUUAUUGACAGAAAGAUCGCACAGCGCUUCAAAGCGGUUCUUUACAGAUUUUCUUCAGGAUCUACCUACGCCGGGCACAGGUGGACCUAGCUUUGACACAACCAUUAACAGUAACAUAACCGGACUUGUGGGCAAGACAGUUAAAUUAACAUGCCGUGUAAAAAAUUUGGGAAACCGUACGGUAUCCUGGGUCAGACAUCGUGAUAUUCAUCUUCUAACCGUGGGCCGCUAUACAUACACUUCCGAUCAGCGGUUCGAAGCGAUGCAUUCACCACAUGCCGAAGACUGGACACUCCGUAUACGUUAUGCUCAGCGCAAAGAUUCAGGAAUAUACGAGUGUCAGAUAUCUACGACCCCACCAAUCGGUCACUCGGUAUAUCUAAAUAUUGUGGAGCCUGUUACUGAGGUUAUCGGCGGCCCCGAGUUACACAUUAAUAAAGGGUCUACCAUCAAUUUAACUUGCAUUGUUAGAUUUGCACCUGAACCACCGCCCACCGUCAUCUGGUCCCACAACCGUCAGAUUAUAAAUUUUGAUUCACCUCGCGGUGGGAUAUCAUUAGUGACCGAGAAAGGUAUUCUGACCACUAGUCGGCUUCUAGUACAGAAGGCUAUUCAGCAGGAUUCAGGCCUUUAUACAUGUACACCAUCAAAUGCCAAUCCGACGUCGGUACGGGUGCAUAUCGUCGAUGGCGAGCAUCCUGCGGCUAUGCAUCAUGGAAACUCGGCACCCUUACAACCGCCGGAAUUGAUUGCACUAGUGCUGCUGUCAUGCGGAUUAUUGUUCUUCUUGAAGUCACACACGCUGUCUAUUCAUCAAGAUACCAACCACUACAAUAAAAGUGCAGUGAGCAAAACAAAUAUACCAAGCUCAAUCUUUCUAGCAAACUGCCGAAGUCUCCAGCGUCAACGAUCACUCCGAAAUAAAUUGGAUAACAGCCAUAUGCCACCAACUACAUAGCUACCUAGGACUAUAUACGGAUGUAGAUACACAAACACCUAUUAAUUUUGUUCAUAAGGAUUCUAAGUUUGUCUUACAUUUGACGUUAAUAUUAUUAAAUUUAAACUUCAGAUAUGAUUGGUUAGAACUUACUUUGUAUUCUAUCUGUAUUCCAAAAAUAAUACAUAUAUAAUAUAAAGUAAUCAAAUGCGGUAAAUGGUAUCAAAAACAUCUCAUUUGAAAGUGUAUAUUUUUAAACGGACUAUAUUAAUUGACUAAACCAUAAUUUAAAUCAAAAAUAUUGUAAAUACUGCUACUAGUGUAAUUUGUCCUCUCUAUAAUUACUUAAAGUACUUGCAAAGUUUUAAAUAUAUUUAUUUAUAUAUAAGUUAUUGUUAUAUGUACUUAUUUGCUAUGCUAGCAGAAAUUUGAUAACUGUAAUAUUCUAUAAAAAGAAUUAGGCUAUAGUUUAAAUAUAAAUACGAUAAAAGGAAUGUUUAUUUUUGGUUUUCUAAAUUUUUUUAACAAUAUAGGAAAUUAUACGAAAAUAAUAAUAAUUUAAGGUAUAAACAUACCAAAAGUUAUAUACGCACAUGUUUUUAGAAAUACGUACACCCAGCUACAAUGAAAAAAUCCGCACUUUAAGGUUAAGAUAACCUUUACCUUCUCUUUGUCGGGGUUUCCCUAAAUGUUAUUUUAUUCGCUUAACUAUUAUUUUCGAAGCUUCCUGCGAUUUUUUCUUCACUUUUUGUACAAAUUUCGGUAUGUCAAUUGCUAUAAUUCCAUUUAGCGGAGAAAUCUGAUGACCCUCGCAGGAAAAGUUACUAUAAUUUUCGCAUUGGUUAAACAAAAUGUUUAGGCAGGAAUUAUUAGAAAAUUCAAUGGGAGAAUCAUGUUAGUAUAAAAAUGAGCCUCCAGGAUCACUUCGAAAAUUCUGUAGAAAAUGCAACAAAGUGCAGCAUCAAUUAGCUAAACAAGUUUCAGCUCGAACUAUUUAAUUUCGGAUCAAUAAGAUGAGGUCAAUGGCAAGAAAACCAGUCAAAAAAAAGCGAUUCUCAACCAGAGAAUGCAAAAAGCUCGUUUAGAUUUGAAAAAAUAAACAAAAUUGCGGUGAUGAUUCAUAUUUUCGAACUACUCCAAAUUUAAUAGAAUUGGCCACUGGCUUUUGAAAAAGUUCAGCGCAGAAACGGACAAUGGUGCUCCAAAAAUUGCAGCGUCGCCACAGGAUGUAUAUCAAAAUACAAAAUACAAAAAAAAAAAAAAAAAAAAAAAAAA